CUUGUGGAUUCACGCCGCCCCGGAGCCGGGACGGGCCUUUCUGCCAGUUCGCUGAAGGAGUUGGCAACUUCAGGGACCCCGUUGGGGCUCGUCAUGUAGCAAAACUACUGACAUUUCUCAGGGGCAGGUCCUGGCACACAACUUGGAAUGUGUUCCUAAGCUGUGCGCCAGUGGAGCAUGUAGUCGGCGUGUGGAAUGUGGGGUCCCCGUCCCCCCAGAAAAUGGCUCGAAAGGGUAAAUGAAGCUGGAAAAAUACACAGAUGCAGCCUUGCAGCGUCUCCCAGAUGUCUGAGGAUAAUAUUCCCGAGAUAAAUUGAUCUCCUUGGAUUAGGUAACUGAUCAUAAUGAAGAAAAUUAGUCUUAAAACCUUCCGGAAAUCUUUCAACUUGAAUAAAAGUAAAGAAGAGACGGAUUUCAUGGUAGUCCAGCAACCCUCACUCGCCGGUGAUUUUGGAAAAGACGACUCCAUAUUCGGUAGCUGCUAUGGGAAAGAUAUGGCCAACUGUGAUAUCAACAGCGACGACGAGAAAAGUGGAAAAAACAGGCCAAAAGGGGAAAGCCUGAUGGGCACGCUGAAGAGACGGCUUUCGGUGAAGCAGAAGCAGAAGGGUAAGGGCGGCGCGGCGGCGGGGGGCGCGGACGAGGACAGCUUCUCCUCGGCCUCGGCGCCCCUGGUCUUCAAGGACGUGAGGGCCCCGAGGCCGGUGAGGUCCACGUCGCUGCGCAGCCACCACUACAGCCCCACGCCGUGGCCCCUGCGCCCCACCAACUCCGAGGAGACGUGCAUCAAAAUGGAGGUGCGCGUCAAGGCCUUGGUGCACGCGUCCAGCCCGGGGCCCGCGCUGAACGGCGUCCGGAAGGACUUCCACGACCUUCAGGCCGAAACCGUGUGCCAGGAGCCGGGCAGCGCGCUCAGGAGGUCGGCCUCCCCGAGCGGAGACCUGCGCCUGCGCCUGGACGAGCACGUGCCCGUGGUCCUCGGACUCGUGCCUCAGGACUACAUCCAGUACACUGUGCCUUUGGACGAGGGCGUGUGCCCGCUGGCGGGGCCGCGCGGCUGCUGCCCGGACGGCCCCUCCCCCAUGGAGGUGUCCGCGGUGCCCGCGGGCAGCGGCCCCUGCCCCGGAGACGAGGCCCCGGGAGACCCGGCCCCGGCCGCCGCCGCCGCGGCCGUCUUCGCGGACGGGCCGGUGAGCGGCCUGCUGGUCGGCACCACGGGCGUCCUGCUGCAGAGCCCCCGGGUGGGCCGCGCCGCGCCGCUGUCGCCGCUGCUGCCACCCAUGCAGGCCAGCCCGCUCCGCGGCAGCUUCGGCGCGCUCGCCGGCGCCGGUGCCCACGCGGCCGAGAGCGUGCGCUGCCACCUGCACUUCGACCCCACCUCCGCCCCCGGGGUCGCCCGGGUCUACGACUCGGUGCAGAGCAGCGGCCCCCUGGCCGUGACGAGCCUUACGGAGGAGCUGAAGAAGCUCGCCAAGCAGGGCUGGUACUGGGGCCCGAUCACGCGCUGGGAGGCCGAGGGCAAGCUGGCCAGCGUGCCCGACGGCUCCUUCCUGGUUCGGGACAGUUCUGACGACCGCUACCUUCUAAGCCUGAGCUUCCGCUCCCACGGCAAAACGCUUCACACUAGAAUCGAGCACUCAAACGGUAGGUUUAGCUUUUACGAACAACCAGACGUGGAAGGACAUACGUCUAUAGUUGAUCUAAUUGAGCAUUCAAUCAGGGACUCUGAGAAUGGAGCUUUUUGUUACUCGAGAUCUCGGUUGCCUGGGUCUGCGACCUACCCCGUCAGACUGACCAAUCCGGUGUCGCGGUUCAUGCAGGUGCGCUCCUUGCAGUACCUGUGUCGCUUCGUCAUCCGCCAGUAUACCAGGAUAGACUUAAUUCAGAAACUGCCUUUGCCAAACAAAAUGAAGGAUUACUUACAGGAGAAGCACUACUGAAAGGUCGUUGAGAACCCUGCAUCUUGCACUUUGGGAAUGAGAAAAAGAGAUGGAAAUCCAGUUUACAAACUCUCAUUGCUAUCAAAUUUUUUUUUUUUUGCUGCCAUACUUUUUCAGUUUUAUGUGUAAAAGAGUCAUCAGUUUGGUUUGGGGGUGGGCAAGUGUUGGCAAGGCAUCUUGGGUUUAUUUUGGCCCUCUAGAAAGGGAAGUCUUGAGGUUUUAGAAGUGAAUUAUCUUUCAUCAGUGUGUGGAAUAAUCACAAUGUGAAUUAUCAGUUUCUCCUUAAACGCCCCCACUCCCCACCCAAGUUCUUUGCUGCUAUCCACUGUGAUUUUUAUGCAUUAAAAGCACAUUUUGUGUGUAUUCAACCCUAAGUAAAGCUGAAUGGAACUUAGAGAAUGGAAUUUGUUAUGUCUCUUUAAAUGGCCCAUUUUCCAAGAGAGCGUUGAGUAAACAUACCGGUGUGAUAAAACAAUUUACACAUACACUGAAAAUUAUUUUUGCUCUCAUACUUUACAAAGAUUUAUUUAGAAUUAGAAAUUGGCAUAAUCUUGGGUAAUGGAAUGCAGAUCUGCAACAUACACUUAUCUCUAAAUUAUUUUUAAGGUUGUGCUGUUUUUUUGGUUGUGAAAAGUUAAAUUUUUCUGUUGCCUUCACUUUCAUUUUGUGGUUUGUCUAUUUUAAUAAAUGGCCUUACAUUGAAAAAUCGUAAGUGUAUACCACCAAUUUAGAAAUUGUUGCCUUUUCUGUCAUAAGCUCUAGUACAAAUUGGCAUAACAUAUAAAUACCAAUGGAACUAGAACUAUUAUUAAAGAAAUAGUAUAUGACCAUAGUUUCCUGUGAUAGCAGUUUUUUUUUGUUACCUACUUUGGUAAAACGUUUUAUCUGUGAUUUCUUUCGUGUAGGCAACAUUUUCUUGGAUGAACUUGAUGGAGAACUGAUUUCAUAAGUGAACUAGAUUCUCUUGCAACGUUAAAGUUUAUAUGAAGCUUUAAAUUGAUUUGAAUAGAAUGAAAACAUUGUUUUAAAGUUGGAUUUGUAUUUUUCUUUUAUGUAGUCUCUAUGAAGAUGUAGAUUUGACUCUUUCUUCCCUCCACCAAAAAAAAAACCCAAAAAGCAAAAAGCAAAAUAAUCCAAUGACUUUAGUUGAAAAAUUGUAGAAAUUGUGGAGCACCAUGUAAGAAAAAUAUUAAAACCAUAUCAUAUGUGGAAGUUUUAAUUGCCUACCGUAUAUACUGCCAUUUAAAAAAAGGUCUUCUGUUUGUUUCUUUUUAAUCUAGCUAAGUCUUAAGUAAAUUUACAUCAUUACUUUAUUUCUUUGAACCAGUUGUUCGGGCGGGCAUGUGUUAUCCUCAAUACCUCUUAGUUUUUUUGAAAUGCAGUGCUUACUCACUGCAUUAUUCUUUAGUAUUUUGGGAUUACCCCAUCCAGAAAAUGUUUCCAGCUACACAGCUUUAAGGGAAAAUAACUAAGUUUCAGAUGAAACAUGUAGUUUAAGACAUUUCUUCCUUUGCCACUCAGUUUUCUCUUACCCCAUGUAAGAACAAGAGUAAAGGUCUUCAAUCAAACUUAAUGUCUUUGUCAUUCAGACAUACCAAUAUCCCCACAUUUUCCUGUUUUUUUAGGGUCACAACAGAGAAUUAUCAAGAAAAGGCACAAUGCCAUAAUAUUGUGUUACUGUAUUUUCAUUUAAAGGGGAAAAGGUACUUAAUUUUGGUGGACUGUUGAUUGUACCGAGUCACAAAGACUCCUCUUUCAUUUUUCUGAUAUGUUUUCACGUAAUAAGAUGGAAUAUGGCGUAUACUGUAAUAAUAUAAUUUAAAUGUUCACGAUAAGCUUUUGGAUUAAGAACUAUUACAGAGUUGUAAACUUAUCAAAUUAAUGCAAGACAUCUAAACUAUUUUUUUGCAAAACUAUUUAUUUUUAAACAAUUUAGAAUAUAUCUAGGGUGAGUUAAAAGUCCCUGUGCAUCUACAUUAGAUGGCAGGUAUUGUCACAUAGUCACUGUGUAUUAAUAAUAAAUGUGGAAAUGGCUUCUUCACAUUUCUAGAAGCAUUUACAUGUCCUCUUUGUGAUGUCAUGGUGCACAGAGGUCUUUGGACUGCCCUGAACCCCGUCUUAUCAUGUGGGCAUAGCCUGUUCCCCACGUUUUCCUCAUGAUACCAUGUGUUUAAAAUCUAAUCAGUUAGUCUCACAUUAGGACUAUUCUGAAUUUCACCUAAAUGUUUUAAAAAUUAUAUUUUGUGUUGUUAUGGAGGGCAAGUCUUGAUCCUGUUCUAAUUCAGAAAGCCAGUUUUUUAUGUACUUUUGUAGAUUCGUAAUAAAUACUUUAAAAUGCCCUAUUCUAAUCCAAUUUGAAAUUGCUAGGGUCUGAAGUGUAAAAAUGAAAGUAUUUGUUGAGAAAUUACUUACAAACAAAAGACUGUCAUGGUAUUUUCUGCUUUCAUGUAGAGAAAACCAUUUGGCAUAGGCAGCAUCUUACAAUGUGAAAGAUUGGCUCAAUACGAUACACUAAAACAGUCUGGUUAAAAAUGGAAAGGGGAAAAAGAAGCCUUCAUCCUGUAGUUCAGUCUGGAUAAUGAUUUGGGUAAGUUUCUGGAUUCUGUUGAACGGUGGCUUAGAUGACAUGGACACAACCUGUAAGUGAUUUUUAAGUAUGUGCUUCUGAGCUCUCAAGGCAAGAAAAAGGAAACAGGAAGGUUGUAUCCAUUUGAGACAAUAAAUGAAUCAGUUUUUUUUUAAAUCAAAUAGUUCAU